CAAAGGGGAAGCUGUUUUCUUCUCAGCAGAUGUUGCCAUUCCAUCAUGGCUUGCGAUCUCUGUAACUGUUUGUUGAGGAACUUAUAUUUAAUUUUUUCGAGCAUCGCGAAGCCUCGUCUGCAAAGCCUGUUGUUGGCAUUCUACUUUGUCAUUUUAUUUCUGGCUAAGGAUUAUAUAUUCAACGCUGUUGAACUUUUAUUUUCUGGUAAACACGAAUUUGUGAGGCAUCAGCCUCAUAGAGACUUGAUCCAAAUUCAAGUGAUAUUUAAGCAUGGUCACAGAUCUCCCUUCAGGUUAUACAAAACCGAUCCCAAUCCAAAAGAGUUGUGGAGCGAAGGGUUGGGGCAGCUUACCAAACUAGGAAGAUUACAACUGUACGUGAUGGGGGACCAUUUGAAGAAAAGGUAUUCGCACCUAAUUUCAAGCAACCCAAAUGAAAUGGAGAUGAUGAGCUCUAACGCUUCCCGAAGCAUGUACAGUGCGUACUGCUUUCUUGCUGGAAUGUAUCCACCUGAUGAAGAGUGGGCAUUCGCCGAAAUACCAUGGCAACCAAUUCCCGUGCUCUACGUUCCUGAAGAAGAAGAUAUGCAUUUGCAAUCUAACCCCAACUGCCCAAAAUAUGAAGAGGUGAAGCGACGACUGACAAAAUCGGAAGAAGUUCUAAGAUUUGUGGGCCAAUACAAGACCUUCUAUGAAUUUGUUCAUAAUAAGAGUGGGAGCCCCUGUUCAACUUUUGAAGGUGCGGGUGAUGUGUAUAAAACCCUGUCGGUGGAGGGGGACAGUAAUCUGACCAUUCCCGAGUGGGCCGUUCAGAGUUGGGAUGAACUCAUUCACCAAACAGACGUGGGAUACUACUGGCAUUUCGCUACGAAAGUUCAGCACCGACUUCGAGGAGGUCCGAUAUUAGGAUUAAUUUUCGAUCGAAUGAAAUCUCGGAUUGACGGAGAACAUAAAGAUAUUAAAGUUUACGGCUAUUCAGGGCACGGAAGCAACGUAGCAGCAAUCCAGUGCGCCCUGCUCCUGUACGACAUGAAACAUGCCCCACACGCCGCAACUAUCGUGUUCGAACUGUACAGGGACUAUCAAGACAACUAUUCGGUUCGAUUUGUUCUAUUCAAUUCCACCCACCCGGAAAGGCGCUUGGAGGAGCCCUUCGUGUUCAAGUUACAUGGCUGCGAUGAAUACUGCCCCAUAGAAUCAUUCGAACGUUUCAUCAAGCCCAUAGUACCGCACGAUUGGAGAAAAGAGUGCGCAGAACGGGAUGACUCAGAGAAAGAUUACGUACCAAUACAAUACGCGGAAUGCGUCAAUCCAAGGAAAGAAUUAACAUCGGCUGCAGCUCUGACAAAUCAUAACUUCAUUCUCACCAUUGGUUUUGUACUCAUCACAUCUUUCAUUUCUGUAAUAGAUAAUAAACUAUUCUAUUUAAAUCUGUAA